AUGAGUAUUCACGCUUUGCAUUUACACCGGGCAUUGGUUUUCUUAGCGUGCGCAGGACCACUGCUAACUUUGCAGUUCUCCUUGCCUUCCGAUUCCACCUAUACGGCCGGUGUUGCAGAAUUCAUACCACCUCCUGGCGCAGGGCAACCGAAACUGAAGGAUGGACUCAAGCGUAUGAAGAGCAUCAUCGAAUCAAAUAUCACACACGGCUUGGACAUACUCGUUUUUCCCGAAUACGUGCUGAAUGACUACUCUACACUCACUUAUGUGCCUGAUCCGGCGCUGAAUAUUACACCCUGUAACAAACCCGAUUACGACUUCUUUCUCACCGAACUAUCCUGUGCAGCGCGUUCACGUCAGUUGUAUUUGGUGAUACAUGUGAAAGAGAAAGUGUUUUGCGCCAACGAUCCACUGCCCGUGGGUCAUUGCAAUGUGAGUGGCAUAAAUACGUACAGCACAAAUGUGGUUUUCGAUCGCCAAGGGCGUGUAAUAUCGCGCUAUCGUAAAAGCAAUCUCUUUCGUUAUGAAUGGUACAGUGUAAAUGUGUUGCCGCAGCUGCAGCUAGCCACAUUCACCACCGAUUUCGGUGUGACUUUUGGCCAUUUCAUUGGCGUGGAUUUUCUCUUCUGGCAUCCAGCACAAGCGUUAGUUAAGCAGCUGGGCAUUACAGAUUUGAUAAAUCCCACACAUUGGUUCAACGAAUUGCCAUUUCUCACUGCCGUACAACUACAAGAGGGCUGGGCAUUUGCCAAUGACGUUAACUUGCUUGCUGCUGACGCCAGCAAUCCUAGUGGACAAAAUGGUGGUUCAGGCAUUUAUGCUGGUCGUUUGGGUAGGCUUGAAGCGGUUAUCUAUGAGGAACCGACCACACAACUACUCACCGCUAAGGUACCCAAACGCGCCUAUCGAGAUAACUACCAAGCGCCACCCAUCGUACAACCCAUCUUUGAGCCACAAGUCACAACACCACGUCUCACCAAACUUGAACUGCAGCGCGACUACAACGUGGAUGUGUUUAAGACGCAACUGCUUGCAGCCGACUUUACGGCGAUCAAUCAAACACUUUGCUAUGAUAGUCAAUUCUGCUGCCACUUCCAGGCUGCACGCACUUUGGUAAGCAGCUCAACUACUCAUGCGGCUUAUCGCUAUCGAUUGGCGGCUUACAGUGGCUCCCAUGCCACACACCAACGCAUUGAAUCGGCUGCCUUGAAGAUCUGUGCAGUGAUCGCUUGUACCAAUAAUCAGUUGUACAGUUGUGGACACAUCUUCCCCACCAAUGUAACGGUGGCAAACAAAUACUAUUUUAACGUGUUGAAGGUGAGCGCCUCAUUUGCGCAUGCGCCAAGGCGUCUCAUUAUGCCGUCCAGUGUGGAUGCUGCUAUGUUACCGCUUCCAGUGCAUAUGUAUGAGUGGCGCGAGGUCGAGAGUAAAACCGUCACUGCGGUAAGCAUCAGAUUGAUGACACCGAAACUGGAUUUGCUCACCUUUGGCAUUUGGGGCAACUAUUUUCUCGAUAAGGUCAGCGUGCAUAAUCUGGAUCCUGUGUGGCAACCAACACAGCAGAUGAGUUCUGCGGCAGCCUCUUUAGGUGGUUUGAAGCUAUCAGCCGCGCUGUUGUUGCUGCUUUAUUGCCUCAAAUGCUGCUAA